GUAUUUUUUUAUUUUUUAAUAUAUAACAAUAAAUAUUAUAUGAAUUAUUUGUAAAACUAAAAUCUACUAUUAUAAGUAACUUUCAAAAUUAUUUUAGUAUUUAAUUGAAAAUGGGUUCCAGUAUAAAAGAAAAUCAUUCUCGAAAUGGAAGUGAAAUAUCAUUGAUUCAAAGCACCAAAGGAUAUAAUAUAAUAGAUGUACAAAAUGAUCAAAAAGAUACCGAAAAUUGUUUAAAAAGAUUUAAACAAGAAUACAAUGAUUUAAUGAAACAAAAAAAUGAAAUUCGGUCCAUUAAAAGUUCAACAAAUAAUAUUGUUAUUGAAACAAUAUCACCUAAGAUCUCUAGCAAAAGUAUUGAAUCAAGUAAUAUAAAUUUAUGUUCUUCGGAUGAAUUUUCGAUAUCAAAUCUAACUGAUUUGAGUUCAAACAAUACGAUAGAACUAGUAGAAAUUGCAGAUAAUAGCACAACGAGUGAUUCAAAUUUUGAUAUGUCUCAAUACAUUGAUAAACAGGAAAAUUGUAACAAAGAAAAAAUAGGAUGUCUUCAUGCUAAAAGUAUAAUAAAAAAUGAGGAAAAUCGAAAAAAUGAAAAUAUUCUAAAGCAUGAAAUAAAUCCACACGCCGAUAAACAUGAAAAAUGCAACAAAGAAAAAAUAGGAUGUCUUCAUGCUGAGAGUAUAAUAAAAAAUGAAAAAAAUCGAAAAAGUGAAAAUAUUCAAAAGUAUGAAGAAGAUCGCAUCAAAUUUUAUGGAAUGUUGGAUGGACUUAACAAUGAAAUAAAAAAAAUAAAAGAGUUAUUUUUAAAAAAUACAAAUUCUUAUUCAUUUUUCAAUAAUAAUAAUAGUAAUAACCCUAUUACUAAUCGAUCUACCGAAAUGUCCGCUGGUGAAGACUUUAUUGAUAAUGAAAAAUGUCGAUCAAUUGAAAAAAUGAUGCAUAAAAACUCCACUGAUCAUGACUUGUGUUCAAAAAGUAAAUUCAAUACGAAUCAGAGUAUCAUAAAAGGAGUUUUUCAAAAUAAUGAAGAUUGUAUGAAUACACAGAAUACGUACAUUUGCCAAAAUGUAUUACAGCAAGAGAACGAUGAAGAGUUUUAUCAAAUUCAACUGUCAGACAUUAAAAUUGAAAACCUAAAUAAUAUGGAACAUUUUAUCACAUGGCAAAACCUAUACGUUUGUCAAUGUGGAACGAUCUAUAAUAAAAAUUGAUGUAUAGGUACAUUUCAAUUAAAUGUAUUAUAUUAAU